AUGUUGUUCACAUUGAACUCGCCGACAAAGCAUCAAUCGCUCAUCCAGAACACCUCGAAACAACUCUUACGAAUACCUCAAGAACAACUGGAUCCAAGGAUAUUUAUCAUGACCGUCCUAGGCUGCUCAUUCGCCCUUGCCGGCUCCCAAAUAAUCCCCCUCCUUUACCUGACAUUGGGGACAACAAUCGCACGCGACCUCAACGCCGCCAACCUCCUAAUUUGGCUCCUCACAGCCGGAAUCGUCGCUCAAGGCUCACUCGCUCCCUUUGUCGGCCCGCUCGCCGAUCUGUUCGGCCGCAAGAUAAUCUUCCUCGUCGGUCUAGCUUGCUCCAUGCUCGCCGGCAUCCUCUGUGCCGCUACUCCCAACGCAGCCGGUUUCCUCGCUGGACAAGUCCUGUUUGGCUUCGGCGGCGUGAUUCAGGAACUGCUGGCUAUCUCGGUCGUCGCUGAAAUUGUGCCUACUGCAAAGAGAAGUCUGUAUGCUGCGCUGAUCUUGAUGUCGAUUAUUCCUUGGGCGCCAGGGACGAUGUAUGGUAAUUUCAUUGCCGAAGCGAGCUGGAGGUGGAUUGGGUGCACGUUGUCUAUUUGGCAUGCUAUUACCUUUGUUAUUUUGGCGUGGUUUUAUCGUCCUCCGCCUCGAGUGAAUGCCCUUGGCCUGACCAAGCGAGAGAUGCUAGGGCGUAUUGACUGGAUAGGAGGAUUCCUUAUUAUUACGGGAAUGCUGUUUUUUCUCAUAGGCUUAAAUUGGGGCGAUCAACAGUAUGCCUGGAAAAAUGCUCAUGUCAUUUCCUUUCUGGUUGUUGGAGGGGUGCUGAUUGUUGGGUUUGGAUUCUGGGAAUGGAGAAUGAUACAUGCGCCUCGACCUUUUUUCUGCUUGAUGUUUGUUAUUUUUGCAGCGGGCAUCAAUUACAUUGGAGUUGUGGUAUUUUGGCCCAUCGAGUCUAUCAGCAUCAACACUUUACCUAUUGGACUCGGUAUUCUGGGCGGUGCUAUAUUAGUCGCGUUUAUAAUGACGUUCUUCUGCGUCAUGCAGACAGUCGCUGCAGCAUGUCUCGUCCUCGUCAACCCCAGCAGAAUCAGCACAGCCUUCGCACCUAUCAUCCUCUCUCUAAUCGGAACAGGCGGUGUCUUGAUCCCAAAUCAAGUCAUCAUCACAGUCAUAACACCCGACGACCUCAUCGCCAGUGUCACGGCACUAACAGUUGGUCUUCGCGCUCAAGCCCAAGUCCUCGGCCUCUCGAUCUUCUACAACCGUUUCGUCCACCAAGUAACCGCCAAGGCAUACAAAACCAUCGUCCCUGCCCUUCUCAUUGCAGGUGUUUACGACAUUACAACUAUCACCGACUUCAUCACUAGUCUGACUGCUGUUCCGUUCAAGCAGCUUUAUACGGAGAUUCCAGGAUUCGUCACCAGUCAAGCGAAUUAUGAGCUCGGGGCAAAGGCUGUGGUGACUUGUUUUAGCGAGGCUAUCAAGUUGAUUUGGUAUAUCACUAUUCCAUUUGGAGUUUCUGCUUGUAUAGUUGCGAUGUGCAUGGGCGAUGUUUCGAGGUUUAUGGACCAGCAUGUUGCUGUUGUUUUGCAUUGAAGGACCAUCAGAUGACCUAAAUCAUAUAAAGACUGGUAUUGUAUGUAUAGUCAUGCAACGCAGAAUCAUAUUACAAGUCACAAUCAUAUGUGAGACGCACCUCGAAGGCUAUGCAAGGAAGUUGAAGGCAUGAAGACAUACUCUUCACUUGCUUUGUCGAAGCUCAGAUAGGCUCCUCCGCGUGCCAUGAUAUAGAUCCUAGUCUCUAUUUUCUUAGAUCUCGUCCUCUUCGUCGU